AUGGCAGCAAUAAGUUUAACUUCAACUGAUAAAAUAGCCUCAUCAGGUAAUCAUGAAUAUUCAAAGGAAAAUAAUGAUCAAGAAUAUGAAGAUAAAAUUGUACAAGAAUUUAGUCAUUUACUUGAAAAAUCAAAACAAUUAUUUAAUGGUUUAAGAGAUCUUCCACAAUAUGGACAUAAACAAUGGCAACCAUAUUUUGGACGAACAUUUGAUGUUUAUACUAAAUUAUGGAAAUUUCAACAACAACAUCGAGUACUUCUCGAUAAAAAAUUUGGUUUAAAACGUUGGCAAAUAGGUGAAAUAGCUUCUAAAAUUGGUCAACUUUAUUAUCAUUUUUAUAUUCGUACAUCGGAAACAACUUAUUUAAAUGAAGCAUUUGCCUUUUAUUCAGCUAUACGUACACGUGCCUAUUAUUCAAAAGUAAAUCGUGAAGAAAAACCAGAUUUAAUGGUUAAAAAAUUACGUUAUUAUGCAAGAUUUAUUGUUGUUUGUCUUUUAUUAAAAAAAACAAAAAUUAUGCGUGAAUUAGUACGUGAAUUAAAUCGUCAAAUCGAUGAAUAUGUUAAAGCAUAUGAUCCAGAUGAUAGUCUUGAAUGGCAACUUGUUUUAAAUGAAAUUUCAACAUUUAUUGAUAUUGAUAAUAAAUUAAAUGUUGAUCGUACACCAAUAACAUUACAUUAUCGUUUAACAAAUUCUUUAAUACCACCAUUACCUAACGGUGCUGAAAAAAUUCUAUCAAAUAUUCAACUAUAUUCACUUGAAGAAAUUCUUGUUAUUGGAAAUUAUCAAGAUCAAAUAAAAUUUAGUGAAUUAACAAUCGAUAUGUAUCGAAUGUUACAAGCAGUUGAAAGACAACCAAUGGAAUUAACAUCAACAUCGGAUGAUAGAACAACAAUGCAAUCACCAGCUAAUCAUCAAAAAGAAAUUCUUAAUUUACACGAUGGUGACUCAUCAAAACGUUUAAAUCCUCAUAAAUAUCUUCUUUAUAAACCAACUUUUAGUCAAAUUUAUGCAUUUACAGCAUCAGCUUUUAAAGAUUUACCGUCAAAUGGCGUUCUUCUUCUUUAUAUUUCUGCUGAUGGUUAUGAUACACAUUUGAAAAUAAAAACUGAACAAUCAUAUGAUUUUGGUGGUGUUAAAACUAAUAAUCGACGUGAUGAUAUUAAUGAUAAUUCAAAUUCACCAGUAAAUACUCUUGGAAAAAAAUCACCUUCAACAAUAACAACAACAACAACAACAGCAACAUCUAUUAAAGAUAUUCAUAAUAUAUUUCCAGGAGAUUUAUAUCCAUUUUUACGUAAACCAUUAUUUUUAAUAAUUGAUAGUAAUAAUAGUAUUGUAUUUCAAAAUUUACCAAAUUUAUUUGGACAACCCUUAAUUUCAUUACUUUCACCUGUUAAAAUACCAACAGCUUUUCAUGAUUAUCAAAAUAAAGGAAGUUUAUUUACAUUAUUUUUAACAUCACCAGCAUUUGCAUUUUGUUUUGUUUGUCAUUUAAAUGAAUUAACAAGUGAACAAUGGAAUUUAUGUCAAGAAAAUGUGAAUAAAAUUAUUUUUGAAAUAAUAAGAAUUUUCUUGAAAUCAAAACUUGUUGAUGGUACAUUCUAUCACUUUUUUGGUGAUGAUUUUCUACGAUUAUUUCUUGCUCGUUUUGUUUUUUGUUAUGCUGUUCUUCGUUUACAUCGAUCAUUUAAGGGUUCCGGUUUUUAUCCAUCUUCUCAACCACAAUUAUCAAACGAUCUUCUUGAAAAUGUUCAAGUACAUAAAACGAUAUUGGAAUUAUCAGCAUUAUUAAAUGUUCGUCAAUUAUUUCUUGAAGGGCCUCUUGCUACUUUAGAAUAA